CUGAACCACAUGGCCGUCCGUAGAACCCGGCCAUCGCGCAGACCAGUUUCAAAGCCCCCCGCCAGUUCUCUUUUCUCCAAGCUCGUGUAUCGUGAACUUCUAGGUAGCCAUUCAGUCAGUUUCCAGCCAUGGACUUGUUUAUCGAAUCUGUCUCCCGACCUCCGGGAGCUUCGAUUAACACAACAGCCAUGUGCCAGAGCAACCACAUGUGGCUUAUAUCAACGCGGUUAUGAUGGCCGGUGUGCCUAAGGUUCUCUGGCCACUCCGCUCGACAAUUCCAAUAUUGGAAAAGAUAGCACAGGAAACCAAGCCAUUGCUUUAUCCCGACCGCCUCCUUUCUCGGCCCAUUGAUCCGGCUGCCAAGUCUGCCUGGGCAUUCACAAUCGAACAAUGCCAUAGUUAUGUACAACAGGAAUAUUCACUAACAAUUCCCCGGAGGCUCCAACCAAGGUGCUCAGUGGACUCCACUCCCCCCCGAAACCAAGACACUUCUUUGGCCUCAUCAUCACGAGCAAAUCGUCGAUUGGCGACAUAUACAUGCAUGGGGUGGACGAUCCUCACUAGCCAUCUCAAGCAAGGCGUCCCUGCUGGUUAAGCGAAAACUCUCCUCAUGAGGCUUGCUGACAUUACAUGCUGCCUCUGUUAACCCUAUCUUAACUUUACAGUUAUCUCUAUGGUUACAAUGCUAACCACAACCACCUUACUCAUACCCUUUUGCUAUCACGACAAGCAGGUUUCUGCGUCUUUGUUGUGUCAUGGCUGACAUGGCGCCAAGUCUCCCGUCCACGUAGCGAUGCCAAGUUCCUGGACUGCCCUAGCUCCAAGAGGCUCCAGAGUUUGUUGGCUGCUGCUGGGCACUAAACGUCCAAGAUGCCGAUUCUUUGCGUACAAUACCAAACUUCAACGGAGUGACCGCUUUUGCAGUUUGCAUCGACGACAAGCUGCUCGUACCGUGAUUUGGUAUAGUACAGCUUCGGUUACCGUAUACUUUGCUAGGUGCAUAUUGGCAGAAUGAGUUUGGCUCGACCUGCAUCGUCGACGCUGGCUGAUGUUGUCAUCCAGCCCAAGUUGCAGUGUUUCCGCCUCUUUUGUUUACACGAGUUUCUCUCCUCUGACCCAGCUUGUUCUCCCCGCCGCUAUAGGUCACCGAGUGCUACGCAGUUCCGUUGAGAUACAGUCCCCAUUCCCACCAUUUGCUGUCUUUUACACAGAGAUAUCGCAGGUUCCCUCGUGUCCAGGUCUCAUUCUAGCUGCUCAUGCCGUCUCCCGUCUUACUAGGUUCCCCAGACUGAAUGCAGGCUGAUCUAGUGAUCAAUUGAUUAAGUGAAUGGCCAAACCAAGCUGGUCAAUAUGGCCUGGCCUUACACAACCUGACAACCUGGUAGCUUCGUCCACUGAGAAGGAAAGGAUCUUUUGUUGAGCUUGGAGGGAGGCCGACACUUCGGCCCUGUUGUUGCGGAUCUGCCUAGCUAGGGGGAGCUUUCGAAACCUUACGCAAAGCAGCUCCCAAUUGUCUUGGCCAUUAACCAACACAGUAUCGCUGACCUCCGUGCUUGAUAUUGACAUCACGUCUUGGUUCACCGUCGGCCCAGGCUCCCGCUGCAGGAAACCCAUUGCCCUUCCUGGCCGAUUGCUAGCCAGCCAGCUAGUCCUCUCGAUUGCAUCCCUCCCGCAUCACGGUUGCUCCAGUGAGCUCCAGCCACAUCCUCUGAUCCCUCUGACAGUGGUUGGACUCACAAUGCCCGUAUCACAUCCUGCCAAUAUUCGCACCCCUCCCUCAUGAUGAUUAUCGUCCCUCGCAGGUAGAGUCAGACUAAUGCAACCAAGGGUGGAGUUUGAGAAGUGAGGUCUCUUGGGUGACUUGACCUGGAAAGUUUGGAGGUUGUCAAGGCCAACUCGGCCAACCUCUCUCAUCUAAGGUAGGUUCCGGUUCGACAAGUUACAGAUAUAAGUCUGCUACCUUCUCAGGUUUUCCUUCCAUCUCUUCAACCCAUCUCAGCCUCUCUCACUUCUCGAUCAGCCUUGAUUGGAUUUGUGUAUACACAAGUAACCAACUCGUUCAGGUUACUUCUACCUUCGCUCAAUCAAAUCACCAUCGCUUGCUCAAAGCUUGCACUCGCUUUAUAACACCUUCGUUGACAUCACGAAUCCUCUCAACCUUCGUCAUCAUGAAGUUCGGUGCUGUCCUUUUGGUCUUAGCCACCUCGGCCUUGGCUAACAACGUCCGACGGGGAGGAGAUGAGUACGAGAGCCCAGGCUCUGAGAGCGGAAAGGACUACGAGACAGGCGAGAACGAGUACGGACAAGACGAAGGAUACGGAAAGAAGGGCCACUACGAGCACGAGGUUAAGGAGGUCGCUGUGACCUACACCACUACAACCGUCUGCCCUGUCACCUAUACUCAUUACAAGGAGGGAACCACCUACUGCGAGACCAAGCUCACAACCUCGACACUCGUUGUUGCUGAGACCAAGACUGUCGAUGUCACAGUCAAGGAGCCUGAUGUCACCAAGCACUACACUGAUGUUGACUACGUUACUAGAACAACAGUGUGCCCUGUGACCCAGACCAAGACUAUUGCUGGGGAGGUUAUUACCGAGGUCUACACGACCACCAGCAUCAUCUACGACAUUGUCAAGUCUACCGACUAUGAGCACGUUAAGCAGCCCGAUGUCACCAAGCAUGAGACCGAUGUCGUCUACAAGACACGAACUACUGUCUGCCCUGUGACAGUCACCAAGACCAUCGCCGGUGAGGUUGUCACUCAGACAUACACCACCACCAGCAUCAUCGAGGAGGUCGUCAAGUCCACUGACUACGAGCACGUCAAGCAACCCGACGUUACUAAGUAUGCUACUGAUGUCGAAUACGUUCAUAAGACCAAGGUCUACCCCGUCACCGUCACCAAGACCAUUGCUGGUGAGGUCGUCUGCGAGACUUACACCACCACCAAGGUCAUCGAGGAGAAGGUUGCUACAACCGAGUAUGAGCAAGUCAAGCAGCCUGAUGUGACCAAGUACGAGACCGAUGUUGUCUAUGUCACCAAGACCAAUGUCUACCCAGUCACCGUCACCAACACUAUUGCCGGCGAGGUCAUCACCAAGGUCUACACCUCUACAGAGUACGUUGUUGAGAAGGUCCACACCACUGUCUACGACCAGGUCAAGCAGCCCGAUGUUACCAAGCACGAGACAGAUAUUGUCUACCACACCAAGUACGAGGUUUAUCCCGUCACCGUCACUAAGACCGUUGAGGGCGAGGUUAUCACCAACGUUUACACUUCCACUUCCGUCAUUGUCGAAAAGGUUGUCACCACUGUGCCCGCUGUUGAGACCAUCGUCAAGACCAUUGGCAAGGGCGAGGUCGUCACUCAGUACUCCAAGGUUUACCACACCGUCGGUGGCGGUACCGUCUACGAGACUGUCGCUCCUCAGCCCACCACUGUCCAGGCUCCCGAGACCGAGGUUGUCACCCAGCCUGAGGUCACCGUCCCUGCCACUCCCACCAUUGCCCCUGAACCCGUCGCUACUGGCGCUGCCGCCGCCAACAAGGCUCCCGUCUUUGCCUUCAUGGCUGGUAUCCUCGGUGCCGUCGCUCUCAUCUAAAAAGCAUGAGUCAUUCACCUCAAAGCCCAAUAGCGCCGCCAGAUUGGUUCUUGUUUUAUUCUUUUUCACCCCUUUACUUCUCGUAAAAAUUGGUUGUCCCUGGGAGCAGGGCACAGACUAUUUAAUUCAUCGCGAGCCGUUGGAAUCGCAUACAUACACUCCUUUGCAGAACAUGGCGAGGUAGAAUUGGGAGGAUGCUUAUAUCUGGGGUAUUUAAUGUCGUGGAAGAGGGUGGUUUGUUAUUCCUUAUCUUCACUUCUAAUGUAUAUAUUAAUCUCUUGGCUUAUAUGAGGGGUAUAUGGGAGGGCACGAGAUAGUCUAAGAUAGGAUAGGAUAUGUAGUUAAUCUGAAGACGUGUUGUUGGACUGACGA